AUGCCGAAAAAAUUUAAAUUAUCAAAUAAUAGAAGUCGUAGUUUAGUUAUUGUUAAUUCAAAUAAUGGAGACUGGAGAAUUGAUAAUCAAGGCAACAGCAGGAAUCAUAAUAUUCAUUUCAAUGAGUCUUAUAAUUCUAGUUGUAGGGAAUAUGGUUUAUCAGAGUUUAACAUCAACGAAGCAAAUAAAAAUAAAAAAACGUCAUUAGUGUCUAAAUUUUGUAAAACAAUACAAAAUAUAAAAAAUGUUGUUCAGGAAAAGUCUCCUUCUAUUAUAGGUAUCUUUAAAAAUAGUAAUAAUAAUAAUGAAAAACAAAAAACUACCAAUGAUGAAAAAAAUAAUACGACAGAUAUUUUAUUGAAAAAUACUUUUAAUCCAUCUGAUGAAGGAAAUUAUGAACGUCAGUUGUUUCAUGAUAUGGAAGCUGUUGAAAAUAUUACAAUGAUAUCAAAUAAUGAUAAUAAUCUUCUUAAUUCGAUUUUACCCGGACAAGAUGAAAGAAAUCAUAUAAAUGGUCAUUUAGAUGUAAUAAGUUAUGAUUCUGAUGACGAAGGAAGAGAUGAUUUUACUUUACGUCCCAGAAUUUCUCAUUCUCCUGAAGAUCACAUUCUAGGAACGAUUAAACCAUGUGAACAAUGUUCAUGUUGUAAAAUAAAAGAUAAUUAUUAUGCAAUGAUUCCUGAUAUGAUAAAAAUUAUAAAUUCAACAUAUUAUUGGGGAUCUCUUGAUCGGAAUGAAGCUGAAAAAAUAUUAAAUGAUCUUCCUGAUGGAACAUUUUUACUUAGAGAUUCAACACAACUUGACUACAAAUUUACAGCAUCUUUUAGGCGUUUUGAAAGAACACUUCAUGCUAGAAUAGACUUUUCAAAUGGUUAUUAUACUUUUGAUGUAAUGGAUAAUGAAGUUUAUAAAUCUCCAACAGUUUCAGGUUUAAUUAAACAUUAUAAUGAUCCUCGUAAUUGUUUAUUUUUUGAACCAUUACUUGCAAUGCCAAAAAGAAGAGACUUUAUCUUUUCUUUACAAUCUAUUGCUACUGCUGCAGUUGCUUCAAAUAUUAAAUAUAAAAAUAUUAAUAAAUUACCUAUACCUGGUUACUUAAAGGAUGAAGUACGUUCAUGUAGAUGUCUCUCGACAACUGACUCAACAUUAAAUUUGUUCUUAUAUACAAAAACAUUUUUGGGGACGAAUGAAGAUGAAUAUUUUAGAGAAAAAGUUGUUUGGAUUGUUGGAGGAUCAUCAGGAAUUGGUGAAGAAUUAUCUAAACAUUUAUCUUUUCAUCGUACUAAAAUUAUCAUAUCUGCUAGAAGAGUAGAAGAGUUAUCAAGAAUUAAAAAUGAAAUUAUUCAAAAGUAUUCAUUUAUGAAUGAUCAAGUAAAAAUUCUUCCAUGUGACAUCACAAAUCAUCAAUCCUUAUCACAGAUUAUUGAUAAAGCAAUUUCCUGCUUUGGUAAAAUUGAUGUCAUUAUAUUGAAUGCUGGAAGAUCACAACGUAGUGAAUGGUGUGAUGUGGAUGAACAAGUUGAUUUGGAAUGUUUUAAUUUAAAUGCCCUGUCUCCAACUAUAUUAACACGUCUUUUUAUUAAAAAAUAUCUUAAAGAAGAUCGUAGUGAUUUUAUUAAUUCUAUUCAAAUAAUUGUAAUUAGUUCUGUGUGUGGUGUUAUGCCAGCCAUAUUAUCUCCUUCAUAUACAGCCUCAAAACAUGCUCUUAUGGGUUACUUUAGAUUAUUAGCAGUAGAGUAUUCUGAUAAAAGUCUUGAUGUUACAAUUAUAUGUCCAUCUUUAACUUUCUCACCAAAUAAUCCAAAAAAUGCUUUUACAGGUAAAGCAAAUGAAAUUAAUAAUGAAGUUCUUGAAAAUAUUACUAACAGACAUAUGACUGUUGAAAGGUGUGCUGAAGCUAUUUGCCAGAGUGCUGCAAAUAACUGCAAAGAAGUUUGGCUUUCUAAAACAUUUGAUGUUUUACUACUUACAUAUCUUUCAGUUUAUUUUCCUUCACUUUUCUUAAGAGCAAUCAAAUUUAUUGGUAUUGAAAAUUUACGGAAAAUAAGAGGAUCAAAAUAA